AUGUCGAACAACCCGAAUAUCAGCAGUCACAAUGCGGUUGUGUUACACGGCGCUCAAAAGUUGGUCGUCGAGCGUGUCGAAACGGCGGCCCCACGGCCUGACGAGGUCCAGAUCGCACCGAGAGCGACAGGAAUCUGCGGAACAGAUCAGCACUACUAUCAGAAUGGACGAAAUAGUAUUUACGAAGUCACUGAGCCUCUUAUUCUGGGACACGAGGCUGCAGGGGAGGUGGUAGCCGUUGGUUCCCAGGUAACAAACAUCCGUGUUGGGGAUCGUGUCACGUUGGAACCUCAGCAGGCGUGUCUGUGCUGCGAACAUUGCCUCGACGGCAGGUAUAAUCUCUGCAGUCGGAUGCGAUUCAAUGGAUCUGCAAGCGCGAAGCCUCCAGUACAAGGGUCCCUUCAAGAACGCCUUAAUCAUCCUGCUAGAUUGGUCUACAAGCUCCCGGAUGGCGUCUCAUAUGAAGAGGCGGCUUUGAUUGAGCCUCUGUCGGUAGCAAUCCACUCAGUCCGCAAGGCGAGAAUACACGCUGGACACUCGGUUCUGGUCUUUGGAGCCGGUGCAGUUGGUCUGCUCUGUGCUGCUGUGGCUAAAGCGUCGGGAGCAGCGUCAGUAGCCAUGGUUGAUGUCGAUGAGGCCAGGCUUGAGUUUGCCAAGGACCAGAACCUUGCCGAUAUGACCUACGCACGCCUUCCGGGGGGCGAGGGACAGAGAGGAUUGAAAGUGGAUGCAGCUUUUGAAUGCACCGGCGUCGAGGCAUGCCUGAAUGCCUGUAUCGGAGCCACCACGGCCGGAGGAAGGGUGGUGGUUGUCGGGCUCGGUAGACCGAUGCAGACGCUCAAUCUGGGGUUGGCGGUCGUCAGGGAAGUGGAGCUACUUGGGGUCUGGAGAUAUGCCAACACCUUUCCGACAGCCAUCAACCUGCUGGCUGCCGGCCGACUCGACCUCAAGUCUCUCGUCACGCACAGGUUCGAUUUACUGGACGCCGAGAAAGGUCUGCAGCUAGUUCUAGCCAGGCAACAGCCCCUUGCCCCUGUGUCCGAGGACGAGGGCGAGGGCGAACCUGUGAGCGCCGGUGUUAUCACAGCAGAAGCGAGCCGAGCACGGGAAGGGGAAGGUCGGCAACCAGCAACAGACGCCUCCCAGUUGGCGCAAGCGCUGGAAAAUGAUAUCGUGGCCCCCCAGGAACCCGAGUCUGCGGCACAAGAUACUAUGGACAUGGACCGUCAACUUCGAGACACCCGUCACAAUUCCAUGCAGGCAGUAUCGGAAGUGCUGGCUCAAUCGCCUACAUGCCGUUCUGACGUUGCGGAUCCGAAUAAUGCCGCUCGGUCUGCCAUGCCUGACCCGUCCCCCCGUCGCCUUUCUCUCCACGAGGCUGCAGGCCAGAAUCUCUCGUCACCGGGCUCUGACGUGUCUCACUCGACCACCUCGUCGUACCGCGAGAUUAGUUGGCCCGCCAUGUUCGAUCACUUCCUCGACACCCGCCGGCGAGACCGAGAGAGGCUUAUUGACAAAUGCUCCAUCACUUACCUGGGCGAGUCUUUCCCCUUGGCCAUGGUACUGGAGGAUCUGGAGGAGGGUGGUACCAUCAAGUUGCACUACCCUGGGCCCCCUGUGCCCGAGCCAGCGUCCCAGCGCGAUCAACUUCCUGCUGAGCAGCACCCAGCUCACAUGAAUGAUGACGAGAUCCGCAGUCUCACGACAAAGGGUGCUUUUGAGUAUCCCCAGGCUGAGAUCUUGGACGGCUUGAUGACAGUGUUUCUGGAUCGAGUCUACCCAUUGUAUCCUAUCGUCAAUCGACUCGAGUUCCUCAAUCAAGUCGGCAGCAAGACGACGCCAUGGCUCUUGUUGCACGCUGUCUGUUUCAUCGCAUCAACCUUCAGCCCAAUAUCUAUACUGCAUCAAGCCAGGUUCGACAGCCGUAAACAGGCGCGCUAUCAUUACUAUAGCAGAGCCAAGGCACUCUUCGAUGCGGGCUAUGAGGUCAACAAGAUUGUGACGCUGCAAAGCACCAUCCUACUUGCAUUCUGGGCUGGGGGACCAAACAACUUUUGGAACUGCUACAGCUGGAACAGCACCAGCGUCACUAUUGCCGAAGGCCUUGGACUUCACCGUUCCAUGGCCAAUGCCAAUAUCAACCCUCAAGAUCGUAGCCUUUUACGUCGCUUGUGGUGGACCCUUGUCAUUCGCGAUGCCUCUUGCGGCGCCCUCUUUGGACGACCCUUUCGGAUCAACAUGGAGUUCUGCGAUACCGAGAUGCUGACCAUGGACGACUUCAAAACCGACUCUGGGAGCCUCGAAUUUGCUGACAAUCCCCUCAAGCCAACCUACGGUCUGUAUCAGAUACACGUGGCCAGGCUAUCCAUCAUUCUACGCAGCAUCAUUGCUUCACGCUUCGCCCAGCGCAAUGAGGUACAACCUGACCUCAUGAACCAGCUACAGUGCUGGCUACGGGAGCUGCCAGCCAGUUUGCGGUGGGACGACGCUGCCCACACAACAAAUGUCUUCUCGUGGUGUCUCUCGAUCCUUUACGAUCAUCAUGUCAUUCUCUGCACUCUGGGCCACCUAUCGUCAGGUAGCCACCGUCUGGACCCUGGGAGCUCGGCCCCAUUCCACGGCCGCUCUGGCUCAGUCUCCAGUGUCUCGCCCUGGGCGUUGAGGGAAGGCAAGGGCUGCGCAUCUACCAUUGAUUCCGCAGCGCAGCGGAUUCUUACGCUUGCUUGUGGCAUCGUUCGAAGAUCGGCAACCCUCACCUUGCCGCACGAGGCAUAUCCCGGCCUGUUUCUGGCUGAAGUCGUAUUUUAUACGCAGAUGAAGAGCAGUAGUCCUUCUCGGGCCCAGCUAGGGCAAUCAUCGAUGAUGAUGUGCCAAAUGGCAUGGCACAACAUCAGUGACGCUUGGGAUUCGACGCCCUGGGUGAUGAGACUCUUUGACAACCUCGUCUCCAACACGCAAAACGAUGUGCAGGGUCCGCCGCUCAAUGGCGAUGGCCAGUCCGCUGACCCCAAUCCCGCCGAGAUUCACGCCGGUUCAAGAAUACCGGGAUUGGCUCUGGUGGCUGGUAUGCCUGAUGACAUCAUCCCAGACAUACAAGACAUGGACACAGGCUUCAUGGAAGACUCCUGGCAUACCCACCCAAUGCUGUCGUCCUUCCUGGAAACCAACUUGAAUUGGGGAGACGCUAAUAUGGGGCCUACUUUUCUUGACCCAGGCAUGGUUGACCAACAACAGGUGUGA